UCAGAAUUGCGUGAUAUAAAGUCGCAAUUGCGAGUUAUAAAGUCAGGUUUGUGAGAUAAAAAGUCAAAAUUGUGAGGUAUAAACUCGUAAUUUUGACUUUGCUCGCAUUUCAUUCACCACUCAAGUCAAACACGGGACGCUGAACAUAUCAUUUUAUAGCAUUUAGAAUGGAAAAGAUUAUAGAGGAUUAUUUUCGCCUCGGUUUCACAAAUAGAGAAAUCUUGAUUUUAUUGGAGGAAUCACACAACAUUAAGCUUAGUCUCCGGACUCUUGAGAGAACAUUAUGCAGGAAUCAGUUGUGGCGGAGACGCAACAAAACGGACGAGGCUGAAGUGGCACAUUUUAUACACCAGCAGCUUCAGACAUCGGGACGGCAACAUGGUUAUCGAUGGAUGCACCAGAAAUGUUGGUUGUCCGGAAUUAUUACUGACAGAGAAACUGUCCGUCAGUUGAUGAGACUGUUAGAUGGACAAGGAGUUGAUCUACGUGCUCAUGGUCGUCUACGCAGACGCGUAUAUAACAGUCGCGGGCCAAAUUAUGUUUGGCAUAUUGACGGGUACGACAAAUUAAAACCUUACGGAAUAUGUAUAAACGGAUGCAUUGAUGGAUUUUCCAGAAAAAUGAUCUGGCUUGAAGCAUACAAAACGAACAAUGACCCACGAGUAAUUGCAGGUUAUUUUGUACAUGCUGUUGCUGAGAAUAACGGAUUUCCACAAAGAAUUCGCAUUGACCACGGAACUGAAAAUACUCAUAUAGCAGAGAUGCAAACAUUUUUCAGAAACACUGCAAGUGCAGAAUGUGUCACUCUUGGUCCAAGCACUGGGAACCAGAGAAUUGAACGAUGGUGGUCCACUUUGAGAAGCCAGUGCAUACAGUUUUGGAUGGAUCUUUUUGAACAAUUAAAAGAAGACGGACAUUUUGUUGACACUUUCAUUGAUAAAUCUCUCAUCCAGUUUUGCUUCCAACAUUUUAUUCAGGAAGAGCUUGAUGAAAUUGUCAGUGCCUGGAAUUCCCACAGGAUACGGCCAACUCACAACCCACGUGCUCCCAGUGGUCGACCUUCAAUAAUGUUUGCUGUUCCCAGCUUAUAUGGAGUGCAGAAUUUCUUGCAUCCAAUUGAACAAACAAAACUGAAUAUUUGCCAAGAGGAGUGUUUAUUUAAAGACUAUCCUUGUGACGAGGAUGUCUUUCAACUGUGUGUAGAACUCAUGACUGAGCAUAACCUUGUCAUGUCAGAUGAUGUUUAUGAAAUUACAGACCUUUACCUCCAGCUUCGCGAAUUGAUCCUUCAAGGACUGGACGCUGAGGACUAGAUUCACCAUUCUAAAUUAAUAAACAUCACUAUAAGCUGUGAAGUGUUGAAUUGCAGCCUUAGCACCACAUUACUCUUCCUACCCCCCUUGGACCACUAGAGAGAACACUGGAGUGGCACACGCCCAUCUCCUUGAAGUUCACUCUGAGGUCACAGCCAUUCAUGAGGCAACAGAGUAUCAACGGCUUCACUGGAGCUUCUAGCAUGCUGUGAAAUUGAUAUCUUGUUAUCUGUUUAUUUUCAGAGUUAUAACAUGGCAAAAGCACAACCAUCAGAAUAAGAGGCAUAGAUGUAAUUAUAACACUUAGAAUUUUUUUCAAACAAUUGUAAAAAGUUUGCCUUAUUUUUUAUUUUAUUUUUCCAGCCACAGUAAUUUACAUGCAUGAUUUAUUGCAUUGCAUUAUACUGUCAAUACUUCAAACUUGAAUACAAAUGAAGUGCAGCAAGCCUUUUUAGAUGGACAAGUCAAGACAAUGUUUUGAACCUAAAAACUAAUGUAUUUAUGGCUUGAAACUGUUCAAAUUUGAUGGAUUUCUCUUCUGUUUAACAUUGACUUUCAAGACUUUAAAGGGGCAGGGGACUGAAAAUAUGAACAAAAAUGGGUUUAUAGGUAAAUUGAUGUUAUUUGUAUUAUCCCUGAAAUAAAUUAUUAAGAACUGAAUUUCUUAUGGUAUUUAGAUUAUUAACUGUAACCUUGUUGUGGUACAUUGCUCAAAACAAAACCUUAAACUUUCUUCUCAGAAUG